AUUUACUUUUCUGUUGCUAUAGAUUGCAGCUAUGGCUGAACCAAAAGCCGCUUCUGCCCCUAAGAAGGGAUCAAAGAAAACCGUUUCUAAGAGCCAGGCAAAAGGAGGCAAGAAACGCAGAAAGACUAGGAAAGAAAGCUAUUCUAUCUACGUGUACAAGGUGCUGAAGCAAGUUCACCCUGAUACUGGUAUUUCUUCUAAGGCGAUGGGAAUUAUGAACUCCUUUGUGAACGAUAUCUUCGAGCGCAUCGCCGGUGAGGCUUCUCGUCUAGCGCACUACAACAAGCGCUCGACUAUUUCUUCCCGGGAAAUACAGACUGCUGUGAGGCUCCUGCUACCGGGAGAGCUUGCUAAGCACGCCGUGUCAGAAGGCACCAAAGCAGUUACCAAGUACACCAGCUCCAAGUAAACUGCAGAAUUAGUAAUCGAAACCAACGGCUCUUUUCAGAGCCACC